AUGGCAUCAAAGAAACCAUGGAGAAUCAUUCCAAGACCCCUCCUCGAAACAAUCCUCAACAACCACGCUCAACACCACCGAGUCCACCAACCCCUCCUCCUCCAUGGCCCUCGCGGCGUCGGAAAAACCACCCUCAUUCUGGAACGUCUACUCAACGACUGGAACAAAGCUCCUCACAUCACCGGUUACGUCGAUUUCGCCGAAUCCAUUAAACCCCAAACCAGCCCUUCCCUUCCAUGGGCCUCAUGGUCCACCUCCCCACCUCCCACUCUCUCCGAUUGCCGGAAAAGCCUCGACCAAUGUCUCGAAGCCAUGACCGAGAAAGCUCUCCGUAUGGGAGCCAUUACUUCUCGACAGAUAUUCAAUUCUCUCAACAAAUGGCACGGCCUCAGUGGAUCCCUCCGGCGCGUGUUGAACACUCCAGCUUCUAAAGGCUCCCCGGCGGUUCUGUGGGAUCGUGCGGUUUUAACGAUGGCGUCUCAGUGUAAUGCUGAUGAGAUCGAUAGGGUUUUGGGAUUUGGGGAAAAUGAGAAGAAUGUUUUCAAGGGUGGAGAGGCUGCUGAAAUUCAUCAUUUUCAGCCGAAGCUGGUACUUAACAAUAUUGAAGUUCUAAAGCAUGCUACCGUAGACGAUGAGUUUUCAGUCACUGGUCCACUCUAUCAUGAUAGCUUGAUAUGGAGAAUAAUUGCUUUGGGUGCUAACGAACAGUGUCUUCCUGUUAUCCUCGUCACAUCUGAUGGUUAUUAUUCAUAUGAAGCUUUCUUGGAUUUUGGAUAUAUGGAGAUAUUCAUCUCACGUGAGACAUUUGGGUGGACUCCACAAGAAGCUCAAAUGCACAUGGUCACGGACUAUUUUAGUCAUUCAGAAUGGAAAGUGAUUGCCGGGGUGCUUGGGCCAAACCCUCGACAUCUAUUUGAGCUAUAUGCACUUAAACAAAACAAUUAUCUGCACAAGACAACAGCAGACAGAGAUAGUACAUUCGAAGACAUUGUAGAUGCUUAUCUAGCAUAUUUGCAGAUUUCUGUCGUGAAUCCUGCGUUGGAUGGAGCGUUGGAGAUCUUGCAAAAAUUUGCAAUUGAUGUGCGCAAUGGAAAGAUUUCUGAUGACAGAUUGCGUUUUGGUGCACCUUGGAGGCAUCCACCAAAGGUUGAUGACCCUAAGUUGCGCAUGGAAUGGGCAAAGCUUCAAUUGAUGGAUUCUGUUAAAUCUCUGGUCAAUGCAGACUUUGGGGUCAAUUAUCGAAUUGAAUAUAGUGAAGAAAUAUUUGAUGAUCCUUCUGCUGUUGCGUUACUGCAGGUGGGGUUGCUUUAUGCUCAACGGGAUCCACCCUUCUUUCGUCCCAUAUCUAGAGGAAUUCAGAGGUGUCUAGUAAGAUGGCUUGUCCAGCAGCGGAUGCAGCUCAGGUUGCCUCAGUUGAUUCGAUUUCAGUGGCACAGACUAAUACGGGGACGUUAUUAUCGCCAUUUGAUGGUACAAGUAGACAAUAAGUACUAG